AUUUGUUUACCUUUGAGCUGAUUGCUAACAAGAACUCAUGCUAAAUAUGUGUUGAUGAAUGGUAAACAUUUAUCCAUGCUGCUUCAAUUAAGCGAGUUACUUUUUUUUUAGGAUGGUGAGGUGGUGACAGGGUAGGGUACUGCAUUCGCGACUCAGAUGUUUAUUAUUCACUUAGUAUGUUGAGUGUGUGGAGGAGGAGGGUUUUUUUGUGUACAUGUAUUACAUCUGCAGCAGCAAUCUUAGGGCAGUCACGUGAGUGCGGGAAGCAACCCAUUUUAUAUAUAUAUAUAUCAUAAUGCUUCCUCUCUCAUCUUCCAAUGUCCACAUUCUCCGAAAUCGCCAGAGCACUUUUCCCUCCCAAAAUGCACAAAGGAAUUCAAGAUUAUUAGUGGCCGUAAGUAAUUUUUUUUUUUGUCUAUAGGCGAUACUGCUACGAUGCAAUAUUCAGAACAAUAAAGUAUAAGUGAACAGUAGAGAACCUUGCCGACUUUGAAUAUUAGUGCAGGUUAGAACAGACCAGUCGGCUUGGACAUCUAAACACUGCAAUGUCGAGAAGGAAGAGGGAUAAAUCGAGUAAGCAUUCGGAUUUAUGAAUACUUGAGGAGAGGUCUAUACUAUUGGCAAGUAGAGGAUUCUAAUGAAAUAUCGUCUGUGCUUCUUUCUUGUUCCCAAUAUUUCUAGUUGACUCUCCCUCCCACAAGUAAUCGCGACUGAAAGGUCCACCUUCACGAUUAUGACCAGUUGUCAGGAUCAUACACCAUGACCAACAUAGUAUUCAAGUGCAGGGCAAAUGAUUUAAAUUAUCUUAUAUCAGCGCAAUUUACAAUACACGGGCAAGGUUUAAACCCCCCCCCCCCCCUCGACCCUCACUUUCCCCGAAGGCAGCAAGGAUGGAGGCUGGGGUAGGAGGAACAUUUGGAAAAGAGCUGAGGUGUGCAAGACUGUCGGCCCCUUAACUUUCAACGCCAGGUACACUGGGCAACAGAUGCUGAGCUGACCAACCACUGGCAAGUUCUGUCUUAGAACAGAGACCAUAGUGUUCUCACCAUCCUUUCUCUACCAGAGUUUCUGGGAGCGAUUGCACGGUCCUGUCAUGACACUUCAAGCCAUGAACGCGGAGAAGGAGUGGUACAUCAUGCCAAAGGGAGACCCCCAUGCGAGUGACUUCCCUUUAAUGGGGGGAGGUGAGAGCAUGGCCGCUGUCGUCGUCCUCUACCUGCUGACCGCCACCCAGGGCCCGCGGCUGAUGUCCAUGUGCAAACCUUUUCAGCUCAACCUGCUGCUGAUCGUCUACAACUUCUUCAUGGUUGUCUUGUCAGUCUACAUGUUUACAGUGGGUGCCUACCUGACCAUUGCCACUGACCACAGCUUCGUCUGCACCACGGUGGAGGAGGCCCACAGCAAAGGACACUCGGCUUUGAUGUAUCGCGUAGCAUGGUUGUUUGUGUUUUCUAAAAUACUGGAAAUGGCCGACACAGUGUUCUUCAUCCUGAGGAAGAAGUUUAAUCAAGUGACAUUUCUGCACGUGUAUCACCAUUCAAGCAUGUUUGUCUUCUCCUGGGUCGUUUUCAAGUAUGUGCCCGGCGGGCAGUUUCUCGUCUACCCUUUGUUCAACUCGUUCGUCCAUAUCAUCAUGUACACUUACUACGCACUGGCCGCCAUGGGACCGAGUGUCCAGAAGUACCUCUGGUGGAAGCGCUACCUCACAAUGUUGCAGAUCGCCCAGUUUGUGAUUCUGUUGGCCUUCACACUCGUCAACAUCGUGGCUGAGUGCGACUUCCCUAAAGGCUUCUCCUACGCAGCUUUGGUGUACGGCUUGACCAUCCUGCUGCUCUUCAUCAACUUCUACCGCAGGUCCUACUCCAGCAAGGACAAGGGCCAGUGAGACACAGGACACAUUGAGAAACCAGCAUCUGGAGAAGUUGUUUUGCUGGGUAAAAGAAGGUAGCCGUGCAGCUGUCCGGUGAUUUCUUCCCACCCCGACAUCUCUCAUCUUUAUCUAAACACCUUUUAGACAACUGAGGCUUUUUUGUGUAAUUUCACAGGCACAAGCUCACCUUUUAAGCCAUUAAGAGGCUUUAUUUUUAAUUUCACAAGUCUUUCCAUAAUCUGUUGGUUCUUUCAUUGUCAGUACACAUGCAGAAACAUUUGGUGACUAAUGAUUUAGUGAUCAGACCUCACUACGAAUUGUUUCGAUAAUUAAGCACACACACAUACACACACCCUUAUCUUCAUGAGAUCAAAUGGAUUUUUAAAAUAUACUCUCAGUAUUUUUCUUUCUGUUUCAUCUCUGUGUUUUUUAUCUUUACAUAGCUCUAUUAUUCUUACAAAUGUAAGGCAACAUGUAAACAAAAUAUAGUAAUCACUUUAACUUUGUAUCAAAUUAAAUGAAGCGCCAUUAUCUUUUAAUCACUUUUAAAAAGUUUGUUUUCGGACUACAGUAAAACCUGUCUAUUACGACUAGCUACAAUCCACCCAAAUGAGGUCGUAAGUGAGAGGGGCUGUAGUAAGGAGGUCAACUAGUCUCCUUUCAUUCCACGAACCAUGACACUUAUAAUUUAUAAUAGAAAUACAAGAUCAUUUGAUUAAAUGUUGAAAUAAAUCUCUUAAAAACGAUGUCAUAAUGCAUUUUUGGUCGUUUUCGCUGUCACUUGGUCAUGUCUAUCAUGCCAUUGCUACGCUUGACUACAUUUUUAUUGGAAAACUAAGUCUCCAGGGGCUUUAGUUAUGAAAUGAUAGUAAAUCGUCGCCCCAGGGUAAAUGGAAAACUUAAGGAACAUUGUUCUGAUUCCUAAGUUAUAACUCGGUGUCCAGACCCCGCGGACAUUGCUUAUCGUUUCUUUAUACCAAGACAUCUUUGCCAUCACUCUAUAAUUACUGUUUUAGGGCUAAAUCAACAUUUGGGGGUCUGCAUACCGCUUUUUAAUUUUGGACACGAAAUCCUUGCCCUUACGACUACCGCUCCGGUAAGAUAGAGGCUCACUUCACGUGCACCAUGGUAGACAAAGAAACUCUCUUCAAACUCACUUUUUAUACUUUUGAACGCGAUUUCCUCAAAAGGUCGAACUCAAGUACAAACAAUAAUUUUAUUUUUCUAAGCAUGUGACUUCUGCAAAAUGUCGUUAAUAAAGCACAAUCGACUGAUGUGCACUCGUAAAGACACAACAGUGAACAAUUAUUAAAAGAAAAUCGCGUUAGGAGCGAUUGUGUCAUUUGUUGUCUGAGUGUAUAAUCGUGUACACUGUACAGUACAUGUAUUCAUUAACAUGUGUGA